AUGGCUGAUCGGGAGCGGUUCCUUGCAGGGAAGGAGCUCGAGGAGUUUACAGCGCCUCGCUUGCUGGGACCAGCAUCAGGAACAGAGCGGAUGUAUGCAGUGGCCAGCCAAGAGGCCUUGAUUCGAAAGGGCCCUGGAAAAGAGCACAUGCCCACUGGCUUUUUGCGGCUGGGGAUGCGCUUUUUGGCCCGGCGAGAGGGUUAUUGGCUCCGACUAUGUCCACAGCGUAUUGCGCCUCCGCUCGCGUCACCGAGUGCUGCUGGCUUAGAAGUUCAUGCCGAAGAGUCACUGUGGGUGGAGGCUGUGGAGCCCACCCUUCGCAACUUGGUUGCAAACCGGGGGCGCGGCCAUCCCAUGUCACUCCGUCACUCCGUCAUUGUUGGCGGCAAUGGAUUGUUCAUGUUCCAUUCCACCCAUUGGAGCAUCGGGCAGAUGAAGGGCAUGUCAACCAAGUUCGUCACGGAGUAUGCAGCGCUAUGCCCGAACAACUGGAGGUUCUGGUGGCUGAGCCGCUUCGAGGCAGCAGAACAGAUUGCUAGCAAUGCAGACUGGCCCAGCAUGUAUCACAUCAACGUCAAGGCGGGGCACCGAUGUGUAGAACUGACAGCCUGGCGAAGAGGAUUGGCCAUGAUUCGACUCAUCGCUCGUGGAUUCGAGUUGUUCUUCCCUUCCACCUGGGGAUUUGACGAGCGAUGCGGGGGCAGCGGAGCUCUUGACGAGUCGCCCCCGACGACACCAGAAGAUCAGCUAAGCUCCAAUGCGACUGCGAUGACGCCAUACGCCAAGUGUCUUUCGAUGCAAAGAUCGGCGCGCAAUGAGUGGAAUGACGUGGCGCGGCAGCUGGCCUCUGCUUCUUUCCACGUCCUGAUUCCGGACUUGCACUCGGCUCCAGAAGCGCUGCGCCCUGGGAAGUUGACGGGCGAGGUGCUUCGAGAGUUGUUUGCGCGAACGCUGUGCUCGCGGAAUCGCAUGAUUCCUGCACGGUAUCAUUCCGUGAUCAGGCCGAAGGCCAUUGUGAUGGGCGCCUCCUGGGGUGCUGGCAUGGCAGCAGAGGUGGCUGCACUGGACGAUGUCGUAGCGGUUGCCAUGGUGUCUCCGUUAAUAGGCGAGGAGCUAAGUCUCCGUCCGCUGCUGCAGAACAUCCAGGGUCGAGUGGCUGUCGCCUUGACGAACAGCCUCAUGACAGAAGAUGGUGAGGUGCGGCUGGCAGAAGAGUGCCAGUUUCGAGAGGUUGAGCUUAAAUCUUGUAAAACUGACACCAACUCCGCGAGACGGAGGCAUGACGUUCAGUGGAUCGAGAGCUGUUUGUCCAUGGCGGCGAGCUUUAACGGCAGCGACCGGCAGAUCCAAAAGGGCACACAAGCCUGCAGACUUUCCUCAGAGCAAGCCUGUUGCGGGUCCACCUGCUCUGUCCUGGUGAGAGUGAUCGCGCUGACGCCUGCAAGAGGCAAGAAGCGGCAGCCUGAUGAGCUGGAUGUUGGUCACUCGGACGGAAUGGAGACCAAGGAUGAAGGAGCACAACUUCAGGAGCGGCGACUGAAGCUUUCCUGCGUGAGCCAGGAGCUCCCGCUAAGCAUCACGAUGGUGAUGGAGGUUUCAGCGCCAGGCAUGGGCAGAUAUGGCCUCGCAGGCAACCUCUGGCCGGCGGGCAGACUGCUGGCCGAGCUUCUUCUGAGACCACUGGUUCUUGGACAGGAACUGGCUGCACUGCUCUCCGAGUCCACGCGCGUCCUGGAGCUUGGCGCGGGGCUGGCGCUGCCGAGCGUUUGUCUCAGCUGUGUGGGUCACGACUGCCUCGCCACAGAUCUGCCCCAGGUCUUGCCUGUGCCGGAAGCGAACGCUGCCGCGAACGCAGAGGUGAUCCAGCUGGGUGGCGGUAAAUUGGCUGUGCUUCCUCUUAUUUUCGGCGACGAUGGCAAAGCAGAGGAACUGGUCGGACACUUCGAUCUGGUGAUCGCAGCCGAUGUUUGCUAUGACCCAGUGCUGUACGAGCCUUUACUGGCGACUCUGCGAUCUCUGUCCUUCGGGCACUUUGUUGUGGCAGUUGUUCAACGGCCAGAUUUGGGCGAGGAAACAUUUGAGAACUUCUGCAAGGAUGAAGGAAUCGCGCUGCAGCUGCGCUACACGGCGCUGCCUCCUGUCGCAGAUGGUGGUGCUGCCCAUCGCAUCAACAUCUACGAUUUGGCUUCUGCUGACCUGCUACAGCGCGAGGGAAAGAGCUCUUGCAACAUCCGAUGCUUCGGAACGCUUAAGAAGCCAGCAUCGGAAGUCAAGUAA